AUGUUGCUUCUUGCCAAACCUUUCCUUUCGACGGCAUUUAUUGUUGCCAGAAGAUCUGUAUCUUCAUCUUUUCGUCCUUCGAUUUCUCCUAUUCAUUCUGCUUUGCAAUUCAGUUUUCCUCGAUUCCAGUCGAAUCUUCAAAAACGUGAUCCUGAGCAUAACAAACACAUUUCUGCCGAUGCCUUUGAAAAAAAAGAGGUGAUCAAGAGAAGGAUCCCCGGUGAAAGAGUGCAGGGUAAUACACUUCAGGACAGAUUCCCGUCCACCUGGAAAUUCGAUCUGGAAGCAAUGCCAACUCUACUGCCACGUCCCGGGGUCCCCGAGCCAAAUAGAUAUCCAUUGGCAAAGAUGUAUCAGUUUCUUAAAUCUAAGAAGGAACCCGAGCUCAUAUAUGAGGCUGAACCACAUAAACUCUACUUUGUGUUCUGUUAUGCCUUUGCUAUAGUUUUCAUAGUGUACUCUGUCAAUGCCUUGGUCAUUGGUCGUCAACUAACCGAUAGGAUGUAUGCGGACAACGAAAUGAAUUUGGAAAACUGGAAAUUGGAUCUUGAGUAUAUCAUGCAUGGUGUGAUUGUCAUGGUAUUGGGUCUUCUUCCUCUUUCUGUUGGAUUCGGAUUUCUUUGGCUUCCCACCAGAUUGAUUCGUCGUAUAUGGUACCUACCUGCUGGUGCUGGUAGAGGUGCGUAUAUUAGAUUCACUACUCAUCCAUUGUUACCAAAUCGUCCCACACCAAUUCGUAUCAUGCCUCUAGGCUCUUUGCAGAAAUCGAUUACCGCUAGGAUAUACUCUGGUAAGGGAUUCUAUGGUGUCAAUGACUCCUCUUUUUUCUUCUUUCUCAGAGAAAGUGGUAAGAAGCUCCCCUUUAUAGUGGAUAGAAAAGGAUUUUUCUGGGGUGAUGGCAGAAUUUUUGACUUGAUUUUCAGUAACAGUUCCAUCGAUGAGGUAGAAAGCUCCAAGAAAAUCGAUGAAGUCUAUGGUGAUAUGUUAAAGGAGAGAAGAGCUAAGCAGCAAGAGCUGAGGAAACAGUAUGGUUUUGGUUGGAGAACUAAAGCUGCCGGUAAGUUGAUGUUGAACGAUAUCUCUAAGAUCAAGAGUAUAUUAGGAGAAGACGGUAAGACUCCUGUAAAGAAAGAGGAGCCAAAGAAGCCAGAGAAGUCGGAAGAGACAGAAGAACCAAAGAAUACUUAA